GCGGUGGCGGUGGGGUUGAUGGGAUGGAGAGCGUCUGAAGCUCGCAGGGCGGGUUACUGCAUGGUAUUCUUUUAUCAACCCAGACUGCAUCAUCGAUUUGAAGCCUCUUCUUAACCCCGCCAAUGAACUCGUCUCGCAUAGUACAACGACUCCGACUUCAGGCUUCCCAUCUUCAACCCUCACGAGCGAUAGGAGCAAGACUAUCACCGCCCUCAACCAGCCAAAGACACCCCAGAAGUUUAGCAACCAUGGCAGCUACCACCGACCCAAAGAAGUACAAGUUCAACCACUCCAUGAUCCGUGUCAAGGAUCCUAGGGAGUCGGUCAAGUUCUACGAACUCCUCGGCAUGAGCGUCAUCCAAAAGUUCGAGUUCCCCGAGGCCAAGUUCGACCUGUACUUUAUGGCAUACGACUCACCCAAGGCCAAGUCGGGCGGCAACAACUUCACCGACCGUGAAGGAAUCAUCGAGCUUACGCACAACUACGGCACCGAGGCCGACGCCUCAUACACGGUCAACAAUGGCAACAAGGAGCCUCACCGCGGCUUUGGUCACACCUGCAUCAGCGUCGACAACAUCCAGGCGGCGUGCAAGAGAAUCGAGGAUGCGGGCUACAUGUUCCAAAAGAAGUUGACCGACGGGCGCAUGCGCCACAUUGCAUUUGUUCUGGACCCUGAUGGAUAUUGGGUCGAGGUCAUUGGGCAGAAGUCGAUUGAGGAGACGGAGAAUGUGACGACGACGGAUGUCCAGACCUACCGCAUGAACCAUACCAUGAUCAGAGUCAAGGAUGCCGAAAAAUCGCUCAAGUUCUACCAAGAGGUGCUUGGCAUGAAGCUUCUCAAGGAGAACGCCAACCCCGACAACGGCUUCACGCUGUUCUUCCUGGGAUACGAGCAGUCUGGACCUCACAGCGCCGACCGUGAAGGUCUUCUUGAGCUGACGUGGAACCACGGCACCGAAAAGGACGAGAACUUUAGCUACCACAACGGCAACGACCAGCCUCAGGGCUUUGGCCAUAUUUGCAUAUCUGUCGACAACCUGGACGCCGCCUGCCAGCGACUCGAGGACCUCAAGGUCAACUGGAAGAAGCGUCUCACGGACGGACGCAUGAAGAAUGUUGCCUUUGUUCUGGAUCCCGACAACUACUGGGUUGAGAUUGUGGAGAACGAGAAACUGUCGGGCAAGUCGAACUUUUGAAGCGGUUGUGAAAAUGAAAUAGCAUGGCGAGGAGUUAAGGGGAGAGGAUGUUUGGUGUAGUAUUUGACUUCAGCUUCAGAUAAGUCUUCUGUAGCAGAAGCAUCAGCAGUAUCAGCCAACCAGGCCUUGAAAGAGCGAAUGAAGUAAAACAAAUUAUUAAGAUUUCAUUUUCACCAUGUGAAAAGUUCAAAUGUUUUGAAGUAAAUAGGGUUGACACCAAUUGAAGGAAAAGGGAAUCUUGGCAUUCUUGGUUGAAUAUGAAGCUUGAGCACAGA